AGUGUCCGCUGAGUAGUUGGGUAGGAGGGCGUAGCGAGUCCCCUUGUAAAGCCCAGUGGCUCUCCACCCCGAUAGCGGAUGGGCCCCAGCUCUUUCCUCGGCUCCCGGAGGUCCGGGCAGUGAGCGCAGAAACGCGGGCGCUCUGGGAACGCUCUAAGGCGAUCCCUCAGACCCCAGCCCCAUCCCCAUCGCCUAGGGCGCCCCCUCCGCGAGCCCCACCGGAGCAGAGCCGACACUAAGUAACGCUGCCCCGAGCCCUCCCGCCUGCCCGCCACUGCGUCCAUUCCCCUCGUCCCCUCGUCCCCUCAUCUCGAUGGGCGCGUGGGAGCCGGGCGCCCGGAGAGGCGGCCCCGCGGGGGCUCCCGCGUGUCCUGCGUGGGGCGGCGGCGCGGCGGCGCUGGCGCUGAGCGCGCUCUGCCUGCUGCUGUCCCUGGGCUCAGUGGCCGCCUGCCUGCUGCUCAGCGCCCGGGCGUCCGAACUGCAGGGCAGGGUGUCCGCUCUGGAAGAGGAACAGCAGCGGCAGCGGCGUGCAGGCUGGGGGGCCCCCGAGGCGCCCGGCGCCCUCAUCUCCUGGGCCGAGCCCCACCUGGAGAGGCUCCUGAAGGAGAAGUUGGAAGGACUAGCCAAGCACCGGAAAGCCCGAGAAGUUUUACCUGAGUGUCUCUGCCCCCCAGGACCCCCAGGGAGGCGUGGAAAACCUGGAAGAAGAGGAGAUACUGGGCCUGCAGGGCAAGCAGGACGAGAUGGUUAUCCGGGGCCACUGGGUUUGGACGGCAAGCCGGGAUUGCCGGGGCCCAAAGGCGACAAGGGAGAACCAGGAGACUUCGGCCCACGGAUGGUCUUUCCCCGCCUCGGUCACGGAUUUCUCUCUAGAGAACAGCACGUGUUUAAUCGCCGUAUCCUCAAGGGAGAUCGAGGUCAUGAUGGAGCUGCUGGUCCACCUGGGCCCCCAGGUCCUCCUGGAGCCAGAGGGCCCCCUGGAGAUACAGGAAAAGAUGGUCCUCGAGGACUGCAAGGCCUGGAUGGUCUAAAAGGAGAGCCAGGACCGGGAGGAAUGAUGGGCCCAAAAGGACCUCCAGGACUCAAGGGUGAACCUGGCAUGCCAGGAAGAAAGGGAGAUGAUGGAUUGCCAGGACAACCAGGACUCCAGGGAUCCAUUGGGCCAAAGGGAGAGGAAGGGAGCCCAGGGCCUCAAGGAAAUAAUGGAACUGAUGGAUCACCAGGAGCCAAGGGGGAGCCUGGUGAGAGAGGAUCUGAUGGCUUCCUUGGGCCCAGGGGUCCACCUGGCCUAAAAGGGGAGCAAGGAGACACAGUAGUGAUUGACUAUGAUGGCAGAAUCCUGGAUGCUCUGAAAGGUCCUCCAGGUCCUCAAGGCCCACCUGGUCCUCCAGGAAACCCUGGAGCAAAGGGAGAGCUUGGAUUGCCGGGUCCUCCAGGAGUUGAUGGAGAAAAGGGGCCAAAGGGCUCUAAAGGAGAUCAGGGGCAACCAGGACUGAUGGGACCAAAAGGAGAGAUUGGAGAAAUGGGCUUGUCUGGCCCCCCGGGCGUUGAUGGCCCCAAAGGCGAGAAGGGAGAAUCCGGGUCUGCAAGUCUUCAGGAGAGCCUGGCCCAGAUUCUAGCUGAACCAGGGCCACCUGGCUUACCUGGCCCCCCAGGUCCUAUGGGUCCUCAGGGAAUCCAGGGUCCCAAGGGUUUGGAUGGUGCAAAGGGGGAGAAGGGUUCCACCGGAGAGAAAGGCUCCAAUGGGCUGCUCGGACCAGCUGGCCCACCUGGCCUAAUUGGAUUACCGGGAACAAAAGGAGAGAAGGGCAGACCCGGUGAGCCAGGAUUGGAUGGCUUCCCAGGGCCCCGAGGAGAGAAGGGAGAGAGGAGCAAGCAAGGAGAAAAGGGGGAUCGAGGGGUUCCCGGAAGAAAAGGAGCAAAGGGGCAGAAGGGAGAGCCUGGGCCUCCUGGAUUGGAUCAGCCAUGUCCAGUGGAAAAUCCAAAUUACAAAGGAAUGAAAGGAGAGUCAGGCUUCCUGGGCCUGGAUAGGGCCCAGGCUCCCUGUCCUGUGGGGGCUGAUGGACUACCUGUGGCAGGCUGCUGGCACAAGUGAUUCCUGCUCUCCCCACCUGAAGCUUGUACAUACUCAUGUGACAUACUUUGCUCUACUUAAUUUUUGUAAAAAACAAACGAAACAAAACAAACAGUAAUAUAUUGAUUUUUUUUGAUGGAUGUUGCCAUUUAUGGAUUUUAAAAAAAAUUUAAGUUUCCAGAAUGGCUGAGAAGUGACCGUAUACACUUGGCUCAGACUGGCCUGAGCUUUGACCGGCAUGGAAUCUUACAGUUAAAGGACUUAGUCCCCAUCUCCCGCUCAGAAGAGAUGGGCCCCUGGGCUAUUUGUGGGGAAGGAAAGAAUCCUGGGAACUAUGACCUGUCAUCCCCUCUACUUCUCCAUGAAACAAAGGAAAGCAAUCCUGAUUUGGGGAAGAAAAAGGGGCAGAAGAACUCAGGCUUGGAGACCACAGACACAGCCGGGUUUGGGCACAUCAGGUCACCUCCCAUUUGAAAAAGAACAAAGAAAAAAAUAAGACUUCCAACUACCCUCCCAAAAUCCAGCCCAUGUCUUCAUCCUUUGUGUGCCCUUCACCCCAAAGCCAAUGUAUAGAAUAUGGCACCAGAGAUGAUCCACAUCUUUCAAGAUGACUCCUGGAACUGCUGGGAUUGGUGUCAGAGGCUGGAGAAUCUUCAAGGCCUCAGUUAAGGGGCAGCUCUCUAGGCCUAUCUUUCCUGAAGAGCUGGGAGAGAACAAAGGCAGCUUCCCCUGAUAGCACUUCUACAAACACACACACACACACACACAC